AGCAAGGUAUGACGACGACGACGAGGGGAAUUGAUCGACCCAAACCUUCUUCCAUGAGGCUGCAUGAUCACCACACCAGCAGCAGAGCCAGCCGCACUGAGCUCUCUCUUCUUGUGUACGUAUACUAAAGGAACAACCCAGAUCCUGUAAAAAGCACACUCUUUCACAAUCCGAACUGGGGAUCGGACAGUGAGUCGUCGGCUGGGCCAAAUAGUGUGUGUGUGUGUGCUGAUGUUUUGUGGGAUCGGUUGGAUGGAGGAGAAAGUUGGGUCAGGAGCGAGCGGAGAGAAAGUAGGUUGACUGGCAAACCCUCUCGCUCACUAGUUUGCCACACUGCCGAGAUCCCUUCCCUCACUCGCUCUCUCUUCUCCGUACUCUAGAAAUAAUUGUUCAAAAUACUAAAAUGACCCCCAAUCUGCCAUUAGCUGUAUGGACUUUAAAGUACAACUCCCACACGGUUCCCCUGUAUCCGGUCCUCCAGCAGGGUGUUUCUGCCCAUACUUGCGCCGCACUUGAGGACCGAGUCAGGAAGGGCAGUCCACCUGUGUAGCUCUUCUCAAGCUAUUUCUCUGUCGGUUUGUUUACACUCGCAAGGCCCAAGAAUAUGCAAAGGAGAAAUCCUCCUCCCAAAGGAUCCUCCCAACUAAUUGGAAAGUGGGGUGAAAGCAGGGAAGGCGUUCUUGUUGCUGCUGUGGUUUACGUUGCUGUGGGGGCAAGGUGAAGUGCUGGGUGAAUCGUCGUCGUCGUCGUCGCUGAAGUUUGUGUGUGACCACCGCAGCAGUUGAAAGAAAAGCAGCGUGUGAGGAGUGAGUGGGUGUUGUUUAGCUCGGCUUACAGGCAGCAGCACGUCUACCUACAUAAAAAUCCAGCCAUAAGCUAACUCCAGAGCGCAGAGCUAUUGAGAGAAAUUAGUUUGGGCCCUCGAAUGGUGGUAGAGAGACGGACGUGUGGUUUCCAUCUGAUUUGUGGGAGUUAAUUCCUGGCCAGUCCCAUGCAGGUCAGGCCGGGUCAGGACUCCUCAGGAUAAUCCCUCACUUGGAGAUGUCGUGUCAUCAUGUCAAGAGAGACAUCUCGAACACGACGACCUUUCAAGGUUUGGGAUAGCUCAAGGGCAACUAGAAAAGCUUUAGUAGUAGCAUCGCUAGAAGAACUUAUCGUCAGAGGUCGAGAGAAACUUGGAAUUGGAGUUCAUGAGACUGUACGAGUCGUACUUGAAACCGAUGGCACUCAAGUCGAUGACUCUGAAUACUUCAGAUCACUGCCAGACAACACUGUCUUCCUCCUUCUUCGAAUCAGUGACCGCUGGUGUCCCGCGGGAGUGGACGUCAUCCGGGCAGCACUCUCGUCGAUCCCACGAAUUGUUUGUGAGGCCAUCAGUUCAUUGGAAUUGCAGGAUGAGGUGCCGUCGUGGAAGAUCAUGGAGAGCAGAGGAGAACAGGGGUCAUCGGUCAUCACCAUCGUUCUCACGUGGAACCAGCGUCCGGUCUACGCCCCUUGUCCCCCUUGUGGCUCUCCCCACCCUCCCGCCAGGUCAGGCGGCCACCCACCCGACCUCCAGACGACCCAUCGACACGACUCGUUCGCUCGUCGCAUCUCCCCCUGCUCCCUCUCCCCCCAGUCCACCAACGUCGCCAUGGGUCACCAUUCGCCAGUCUUCCUCCCACCCCAAAGUUUCGGAGGAGUGAGGGGCGGUGUGUAUGGGCCUCCUGGGGGCGAGGCCAGGUCAGGCAUCCGGACGAUGAUAACAAAAGAUGGAAAAUACGAAUCAGUAAUAAACGACUAUGGUUCUAAACCCCCCACGAUUACUGUGAUAAAUUCAGAGCCGCCGUACGAUUCGGUUCCACGGAUCAGUACUAGGUCAAGUGUUCUUCCUCCACCACUGCCACCCCAUGGACAGCACUUUGCCUCCUCCUCCUCCCACCCCCACUCCUACCAGUACACGCAGAGGGGGCUGCCACGACAGGGCAGUUCCUCGCUGGAGAGUGGCAGUGGGGGUGUCACUGCCCCAGUCCACGUCCACACGGUCGAGUGUUCACAGAGGGGCCACGUUCCUCAACAUCCUCCGCACGGCCAGGGAGGACGAGGCAGCCCGCCAGAACCUUCCUACUGUGACUUCCACUGCUGUGCCCUACACGAGGAGGGGCGCAAAAUACAGGUGCACAAGGCUGUAGCCACGUCUCCCAUACAAGACACCAGCUUGGACGGGUCUGGACGAGGAGGGGCAGCUUCUUCCAAGUCCUUACAUGUAAGAUUCAUGGGAGUUGGGGAUGACAAGAAUGGUCGCUUUCUAGCCGCAGCCGGGGGUAAAAACAUAGUGCCAAGCAGUUUACUCAGUGUUCCAUUAUCGGUAAGUACGCUAGGAGGCUCAAUGAUCCCUUCGGACGACGUCGAAGGGACAACGACAAGUUCAGAGUCAGAGACGGAAAAUAAUCACUCAGUGCUCGAAGAGGAGAAAGUCACGACGCAAAAGUUCCUUCUUCUCAUAGAUCAGCUCUCACUAGAUCAAAAAAGACACCUUUCCAUCAAGGACAUUGGAGUGAUUCUUGAACGGUUAUCAUCUAAAAUAGUAGACGUUGAACGACUGGAUCGUGAGACCGAGGCGGAGGACUGUUACAAUUGGACAAUCAAAGCCACAAUUAAGGGAGAAUUUCUACGUGAACUUGGUGUAAUUUACAACGGAAAUUUUUAUGCAAUAUCUGAACAUCCAAACUACCCAGAUGCUCCGGGGGGAUCAACGCAACAACUUGCCACCAUCUCCGCCAGCUCAACCAGCGGAGGAGGUGGUGGGGGAAGUGGGGACCCCUCAAGAAGAGUUAUUGACGAUGAUUGUGAAGACAUGCGGUUGUAACGGUCCUUCGACUAUUCGCAAAUAAGUUACCUCUACAAGAUAGCUAGUGUAUCCUUUGUAUUCCAGCACUAACAAGCACUAACAGACGCAUGUAUAUCUGAAUAUAUAUGUAUGUACCAUAAUUGUGUGUCGUCGUGGACGGAUAUGCUACUAUAUUGAGGAUAAUAUUUGGCAUUGCAGUCGACAUGUUACCUUACAUAAUGAUUAGAAUGGGUUGGCUGAAAAUUUUAUAUCACUUCCUGUGUGUAUUAUCCAUAUUGUAAUUGCCACUACUAUCGGUAUUUCGAAUCCUUAAUUCCAAAGCGCCACCUUCUUUCUUUUAUCGAAUCAUGACGAUGUGUGGUUUAGUUUGUCAUUUGUGUCGUACACACAGAUGCAUACUUAUUGUGCCAACUCUAUGUACACGUACUAAUAACUUUUGAUCCCCAAGAGUCGUCUCACACUAUUAUACGUAUAUGCAUACACAACAUAUAUAUUAGAACCAAAUGAAACCUUUGAUCAAUUAAAUUUGCCAAAUUCAAUAAUGAUUGUAACUUAUAUAACAUUCCACAGAGCAACGCGUCAUCCGUUGUCGUCCCAACGCUCAUUCUUUACUUAAAUACAUACGCGACCUAUGUUAUCUAAAAUAGUCAAACCAAUGUUUUCAUAAAUAGACGACAUAUUUCUUAAGACUGUUGUAAAUUCAUUAUUAUCACCUCUAAAGGUUAUGCAUUCGUGAGGAUAUACAUUAUUCGGGGCUUAUGGAGACGUUUCAGUAUUGGUAUCCAGUUUUUAGUAAUUAUGGCACAAGUCAUGUUAACAAAAAUCAAUAUCUUGAGCAAUGAUCUCAAUACUAUUAAGUUUAAUAAUUUGCCAUUUUCUCAAAGUGCAACUAAAACUGCUGCAACAAACUGCUGGUCAGUUUGUCGAAAUGGAGAAUAACUUUAAUGUGCGGAACUAUAAUGUCAGUGCAGAAAUAAUCAUUCUCAACUUCAAAUUAAAUCUCUGAAGUUUUGUGGCUCGCCAAGUUUUGCGAACUAGAGAUUGGCUUUUCCUGAUAUCGUGUGUUAGUCAUAAUAACAUCUCCAGAAUCUGAAGGAUGGUUGUGUUGUUGUUUGACGGAGGGUAAUUUUUUGUGAAAUUUCGACUAAUAAGUAGCAACUUCAUACUCAAUAAUCUUUGACUUAGCAAAUACUCGAAUAGUUGUGUUUUAUUCUACAUAGUUAUAAACAACUGGUGCUACAAUUUCUGCCUGAUUUUCUCCAAAAUGCUAUACAUAGCUGUUAGAGACUAUUAAUUUACUUGAUUCCAUCAUCAAUAACAUACAUAAUAAAUAAAUUAGUGCAGUAGUAUCAAAUUUAUAUUCUUCACUUUAAUUAAAUAUUAUCAUUAUUAGUCAAUACCACAAUACUAUGCAAAACAGUCAACACCGCAGUGAGUGAUGACAUCCAUAAAUAAUUGGAAUAACCAACCAACCACCUACGUACAUACAUAAAUAUGCAUGAAAAAGCUUUAUCCGAGUCAAAUAAGUGUGUUACCUGAUGAAAUGCCACACACGAAGGUUUGAGUUGUGCAGUGCAAUUCUCUGGAAGAAACAAAGGCUAGAGGACAAAUAUUUAUAUCGGCGUAUUUACUACAUAGAUUUUCUUCAAUAUACUCAAAACGUUGUCCCUAAUUAUGUAUGUAUGCAAAUGUUCUAUCUCUAAUCAGAACAAGGUAUUUGAUUACUUCAAAAUAAGUGGUGCAUUCUUGUGUGCUAGUGUUAAUUAUGCAUCACAUACUCAAAAUUGGAAUGCCAAUUUGCAUUGCUCCAUUUUUUUUACACCCGGUCAGUCUGUCCGAGUUGGUUCUCAGGUCAAUUAAUCACAAUGAAACUGCCAUUACAUACUUAUUUAAAUGUAUAAUAAGAUGAAACCUAAACAAUGUAUAGGUUAUAGCCCAGUAUUCAAAGAACUCAACUAAAUAAGUGGAAACAGCUUAUCGCCAAAAGUCGUUUUAAAAUGUUACUAUAUUUCAAGUUGCUUUUAACCGUACAACUUUUCUCUUGUUUUUGGGUAACAAUAAUAUCAAGUACAUCGUGGACAAAAAGUGUAGAAGUUAGAAUGUCAUUCAAAAACGCACACAUAACAAUAUAUAUCUUGACGGAAUCGAUUUUCUCGUUCUGUUCCCUAUGAUUGAGUACAAGUUAAUUUUUAGUUGCAGCAGUGCUUUAAAAGUUUUCUUGUUUCGUAACCAUGAGCUUCUUGGUUGAAACACGUUACACAUAAGAAAGAACUACACAUAAGUGAAUCGUGGGUCUAAAAAUAUUGGUUGUUCUUCCAUUCUUCCAAAUGGAAUACCUUGUCGUGCUUAGUUAAAAAAGCUGUAAGAGGAGAUAGAAUAUCUAAAUAUUAACCUAAAUUACAAAUAAAUUGCGAUAAGUCGACGAUACGAUAGGAAAGGAAAAUAUAAUAAUAUGUAUCAAUCCUCAAUUCCCACCGGGGGAAUUGUAGAAUUGCUUACUCACUCAUCAGAAGUUGUGCUGUGUACUAUAAUCAUAACUCAAGUCAGAAUCAUCUUCAUAUACCUUAAUUAUUGUUAACUAAGGAUAAUAAUCAGGUCAGGCAGUCUAUAUAUAAAUAUGCAUAAGUAAUGAAAAUAUUGUGCAGACACAUUAUAAUAAUCAUAAGACAACACAAGAAUAAAAAAUUCUUUUUAAAAUUUCGGCAAAAUUUUAUACUCAUUAUUAUUACUACUUCUACUACGACAACUACUACAAUACAACCAUGGCCAAGAUUGCAAUCUUGCACUUACGUCAACUUAUGUCACCAUGUAUUUAAGAAUGUAAAAUGUAGCAUGUGAUGUAGCGAACUGCUUCAGGUCCCUUUAUUAUUACACAUAUGUAGUUAUCCACUAUCAUAGAACAAACUUUUACGGCAGCACAAAUGGAAUCACAUGGAAAUUGCAUAAGAUCCUCAAACUAGCAGCAGCUGAAACAAAACUAUCUAUUUCUGGCCAAAAUUAUGUAACAGUUCAUUCAUGAUAGGUUUACAAUAAACUGACAAACUCAACCAACCUAUGUUAAGUAAAUAUAUGUAUUAAUGUAGUUGUGCGUGUGUAUUUAAAAAUCACGGAUCGGGGGAUUCGUUAGUAUUGUAAUUAUGUAAAUGACUACAUAACCCGAAGUAUAAUGCAUCCUACAAUCCUAAAACUUAUUAUAAAAUCUAUAUGGAAGCUCAAGCUCAACUAUGCGGUUUAACUGACCGAUAUUUUUGCAACCUGAACUACAGGGGGUAUGAUGAUGGGUGUAUGUAGCGUCGAGUUUUCACUAAGGAUCUACUGUAAUGCUGUAAGUUUGGUGAUGACAAGGUGACCACUUCUUCAACAAGUGGUUUUUGUUAUCCUAGAUUUCUUAAUUCUUAAUUCUUGUCCACUUGGCUUAUCCACAUUACAGACGCAAGAUUGUUUUCCUUCUAAAUUCACGCCUAAUUGCACAGCAGCAAUUAUGUCUAGACAUUAUGUAUUGGACAUUUAAUAUCCUUCUUCCCGACUUUUAGUUUUACUUACUUUUGCUAUAUUGAUGGACAGAACAUAUUUUGUGUUCAUAGUCGAAUGCAGUUGGUCGUUCAACUCGCAGUAUAUUUAAAAAUGUUCAAGAAAUGACUAAUCUUUACUUAACUCUUGAAGAGCAAGCACUUGGAAUUUCAAGAAUAUUGUAUUAAUUUACAAAAAUAUCCCUCUGAAAGAAAUGUUGUAUGCAUGAAUGGGAAACGACGGUUAAAGGAUGACUAUACUACAAAUUAUAUCUGAAACCACUGUUACAACGGUUGAUGUAGCGUAAAAUACAAAGGUACUGGCAAGUCGUUGGUGAUUUGUACAGCAAAAAUAAAACAAACUACGUUGCAACAGUGGUUCAAGAACGAUAUUAGCUGGCAAAUGUCGUGACGAAUGAUGAUGAUAGAACCUGAUCGAAAAGAAAAUUUGUUAUAUUAGGUACAAAUCACAUUAAUAAAACUAAUUGAGGAUUACUAUACUGAAUACUACCUUUAAGUUAUGUUAAUGCGACAGUUUAUGAAUUGUAUGAUGUCAAAUAUAAUAUAAUUCAGACACAAACAUUAUAAAGGUCUGAAGCGGAAAUAAAAACCAAUCGUUCAUUACUCGA